AUGGAAGAGAAUUUGGCUGAAGUUAUGAAAGGCAUGUCGCUCGGAGAAGAUAAGUCGAUUAUCAUCCCCGACGAAGAGGAGUAUUGCGCUAUGGUCAGAGGAGGCAGAAGUAUUCUGGGGCGCUUGUUAAAUCCUGACUGUCAAAAUAUGGUAAGAAUGUUGAAGACGAUGCCCAAGAUCUGGAAGGUUUAUGAACGAGUGAGAGGUAUUGCUUUGACAAAGGAAAGAUUUCAGUUCAUUUUCGACUUGGAAACAGACCUUCAGACAGUGUUGCGUCAGGGUUUCUGGACUUUUGAUGAUUGGGGGAUGGCGAUGGAACGUUGGGUAGAACAUCCUCCGCCUAACUACCUGCAAACUGCUACCAUCUGGGUGCGACUACACAAUCUUCCGGUGAACUAUGUCACCACGAAAACAAUUGAUCUCGUUGCUGAUGGCAUCGGCCAUGUGGAGAUGAUAGAAUUUGAUCCGGAGAAGCCUCUUCUGAAUGACUAUGUUAGAGUUCAGGUUACUUUGGAUCUUAAUCAACCUAUAAGGGACAAGAAAUCUAUUACUCUACCAGGGGGCAGAGUUGAAUACGUUGAUGUAGAGUAUGAAAGAGUAAGGAAAAAGUGUUUUCACUGCCUCCGUCUCUCGCAUGAGAAGCUAAAGUGUCCCUUAUAUCAAGGUUCGAAGAAUAAGGGCAAAGGCAUUGCUGCGCGCCCUCAAAGGGACGCAGGAAGGUCAAUCCUCAGGAACCAGGCAACAUCAUAA